UGGGCCUAGUAUCCCCGUCUCACAAAGAAAUAACAUAGAAAGAGAAUGGGUUUUAGAGCCGCUAUAUAAACUCUGUCAUACCAUCAUCUUCUAGUUGCCCUGAGCCCUAAUUCGUUUUCUGCCGGUUCCGCCACAACCCCGUCGUCAUGGUCAAGUACUCAAGAGAGCCUGAUAAUCCCACCAAGUCAUGCAAGGCUAGAGGUGCUGAUCUUAGAGUUCAUUUCAAGAACACUAGGGAAACUGCCUUUUCUAUCAGGAAAUUGCCUUUGACAAAGGCCAAGAGGUACUUGGAGGAUGUUCUUGCACACAAACAGGCCAUUCCAUUCAGGCGUUUCUGUCGUGGUGUUGGGAGGACAGCUCAGGCCAAGAAUAGACACUCUAAUGGACAAGGAAGGUGGCCUGCCAAAUCUGCCAAGUUCAUUCUAGAUUUGCUCAAGAACGCAGAGAGUAAUGCUGAAGUGAAAGGUUUGGAUAUUGAUGCUCUUUACGUUUCUCAUAUCCAAGUUAAUCAAGCACAGAAGCAAAGACGUCGAACAUACAGAGCCCAUGGAAGAAUUAACCCUUACAUGUCAUCUCCAUGCCACAUAGAGUUGGUAUUAUCUGAAAAGGAAGAGGCGGUCAAGAAAGAGCCUGAGACUCAGUUGGCACCAAGCAAGAAGAAGGCUUAAGCUCUUCAUGCCUGCGCAUGUUAAUUUUAAAUCCAUUAUUUGUAUCAGAUAUUUGUAGGAAAUGUUUAAACUCUUUUCUAUUUCAUACUGUUUUGACUUAUUCAGUGAAUUUCGGAAACGUGUUGUACUGUUUUGACUUAUUCAGUGAAUUUCGGAAACGUGUUUUUUAUCUUGAUAAAA